AUGCACACAGAGCCUCGUCAAUCAAAAUCUCUUUCGACUCCUCCAAAAGAUGGAAAGCUCACGUGGAAGCUUAUUGACCGCGAGGAUGCUGAAAAGCUCCGCAACCUCACCCCGGACGAGGCCAUGGUCUACAAUGUCAUCCACUCCACAGAACGAACAGGUAUCUGGCCCUCGAAGGGAAAAAAUUACAUCAAAUCCCUCCACAAUGUCAAAUACCCUAGCCGCAAGAUGUACAUGCUGGCCGGGCUUGCUCCGAGCGAAGAAGUAACCGGAGGAGCCUGGUUCACGGACGGUGUACUGGACGCCAGCUUCAUCAACAGUGUCGCAGGUUACAUCGAGUACACCGUGAGCCGGAAGAGUUGGUUCGAAGUUCCGGCCUCAGACCGAAAGAACAAACGCAUCAAAACCGCCUCCGGCAAGGCAGACGUCAAGUCCGACGAGAAAACCUACCUCCCCUACCCCCACGGCUACGCAGGAUACCCGACCGUGGCGGAGAUCACCACGGCCGUCAAUGACAGUGGCAUUACUCCCGUCCGCCUAGGCGAAGAGAGCGUCGUGCAACUCCUCGAAAUGCUCUGCUACGACAACAAGCUCGUCGCAUUAGGAAACGGCGAAUGGUACAGAUCCCUCAAGAGUCCUGAGGCUGUCAAAGCGACCCAAUCCCGCAAGCCGCCCGUCGAAGGCGACGAUCUCUCUGUUGCAAACAAGCAUCUUGUGAAGAACGGCAUGACGGAAGCCCCCUGCGGCCAAUGCCCAGUCUUUAAGCUGUGCGCACCAGGCGGCGCAGUCAGCCCCGAGACCUGCGAGUACUUCGACCCGUGGCUGAGCAACGGGCUUGGGUUCUAA